AUGUCUGGGGGAGACACGCAAAAUUGCUUGAGGAAAGCACUUGGAGCCAUCAAAGAUACCACCACUGUUUCAUUGGCUAAAGUGAACAGUGAUUAUAAGGAUUUGGAUGUUGCUAUAGUCAAGGCCACAAAUCAUCAUGAACGCCCUGCAAAAGAAAAACACAUUAGAGCCAUUUUCGCUGCCAUUUCUGCUGCUCGGCCUCGGGCUGAUGUUGCAUAUUGCAUCUAUGCUCUUGCUAGGCGGUUGUCAAGGACACAUAAUUGGGCGGUUGCAUUGAAAACUUUGAUAGUCAUUCAUCGUGCUUUAAGGGAGGUGGAUCCAACAUUUCAUGAAGAAGUCAUUAACUAUGGCAGAAGUAGACGCCAUAUGCUUAACAUGUCUCAUUUCAGGGAUGAUUCCAGCCCAACUGCAUGGGAUUGUUCAGCCUGGGUUCGCAAUUAUGCCUCGUUCUUGGAGGAGAGGUUGGAAUGCUUCCGCGUCUUGAAGUAUGACAUCGAGAUGGAAGGCCAUAGAACCAAAGAUUUGGACACUGCAGAGGUGGUUGAACAUUUGCCAGCACUGCAACAGCUCCUUUUUCGAGUUCUUGGCUGUCAGCCACUAGGUGCAGCUGCUUACAAUCUUGUGAUCCAAUUGGCACUUUCUUUGGUUGCUUCUGAAAGUGUCAAAAUAUAUCGAGCUUUAAGUGAUGGUACCGUGAAUCUCGUAGACAAGUUCUUUGACAUGCAACGUCCUGAUGCCAUGAGAGCUUUGAGUAUAUACAGGAGAUUCAGGCAACAGGCAGAAGUUCUUUCUGAAUUCUAUGAAGUAUGUAAAAGACUUAAUGCUGGGCGUGGUGAAAGGUUUAUUAAGAUAGAACAGCCCCCUGCAUCGUUUCUACAAGCAAUGGAAGAGUAUGUAAGAGAACCUCCACAGGCUUCAACAAUGCGUAAAGAUCAGCAGAUUGAGAAACCCAAAGAAGUGUUGGCCAUUGAGUACAAGAAAGCCCCAGUGGUGCAGCAAUGUUCACCAUCACCUCCUUUGCCAGAACCUGAAGAAGAAGUGGAGAAAGUGGAAAAGCCUAUUGCUGAACCACCAGAUUUGUUGGGACUAAAUGAUCCCGCCCCAGUUGCUUCUAAAUUAGAUGAGAAGAAUGCCUUGGCAUUGGCUAUUGUUCCUGCUGGUGGUUUUCCAGCUGAGCAAACGACUUCUACUGCUGCUCAAGUUCAAGCAAAUGGUACUACGGGCUGGGAAUUGGCACUUGUCACUGCUCCAAGCUCAAAUGACAGUGCCACUGCCACUAACAAAAUGGUUGGAGGAUUCGACAAGUUUAUAUUGGACAGCCUGUAUGAGGAUGCACUCCAAAGAAGCAACCAGAACGUCAGCUAUAAUCCAUGGGAACCACCUCCAGCAUCUGCUGCUAUGAUGCAACAACCAAUACAAGAACCCUUUUACGGCUCUGACCCACCUUCAGUCCAGAUAGCCGCAAUGGCGAACCAGCAUCAGGCUUUCAUGUUGCAGCAGCAGAUGAUGAUGAUGAUGGGCCCACAGCAGUCGCCUUCUAAUGCUUUCGUAAAUACUUAUGGAGCCAGUGUCCGCCCUUGCAACUCAGGUAUGCCUGUUCAGCCAUAUACAGGCCUUAUAUAGACACGCUGGACGAGAAAAAUGUCGAGGCACACGAAGAUGCAACGUUCGAAUUGUCAAAUGUGAACAUGUUUUGUAGCAUAUUUUGUCAAUGCCCAGCAAUUAGCGUAUUCUUUUGUUAUUUGAUUAUUUUCAUUGAUCAUCUGUAAUUAGCUUAGCUAUAUUAAGAAUAAACAUGUUUGUUUAUUUG